GCUUUUCUAUCCAGAUCUGCUGUAUCUAGGGGAAUGAAAGUCUUGGCUCAGCUGAGACACCUGUACACCCAGGGGAAAGGCCUGGAGGUUUUCUUGGCUCUUUUCCUUAAAAAUGUGGGGAUAAGAUAAAGAGCCCCACCCUUCCCUCUAGAGCUGCACAGAGGUGACACUGUUUUCACGUCUCCUCGUGAUGCCUGCCUUUGACAGCAUGCUCAGUAGCCCAGUGAAAUAGUAAGCAAAGUGUCCUCACCUCUUUUCUAGGUUGAAGAACUAGCCCUCCAAUCAAUGAUUAGUUCUAGGAGAGGGGAUGAGACGCUAUCUUCUCAACCUGCACCUGAACAGUCACAUGAUAUGUUGGUGCAUGUAGACAAUGAAGCAUCAAUCAACCAAACUGCACUGGAGUUGAGCACAAGGAGCCAUGUGCCCGAAGAAGAGGAGGAGGAGGAGGAGGAAGAAGAAGAAUCAGAUUCCUGAAGCAGGGUGAGAUGCACGUCUGAGCAGACAGGCGUGGGCAAGAGGCCCGGAAGCGACAUGGCACACCACUGGGCAGGCGACUCACUCUUCGCCGCUUCCCACGUCCUUAGACGCCGGCUGCGUGGGUCGGUGUGCUGGGCUGGUUAAGGCCAAUGGUGGAGCAGAGCCAACCUGCAAAAUCCACUUCCUCCCCGUCCGAUCUCUUGAUAAAGGCAUGAACCUGUGUGCAGGGAAACAGAGUAAGUGGUGGUAAAAAAUCGAAAGGAGAGGUCGAGAGUCCUGGGUCUAGAGCUUCUCUUGGAAGGAGCUCCCGGAGCCCGUCCUGGGCCAGCAGCUGCCACAAGAGCCUGCUCUGCUCGUCUCAUCAGCUGAGGCCACAGCCCCCACGCACCGCCCUGAGCAUGCGCUCCUCCCCUGGGGCCUGGGCACGGGAGCGCUGCCCUCCGCUCGGCCCUUACACUGCCCGGCAGCUGAGGUGGGAGUAGGGAAUGGGCUCAGGGAGUACCGGGCAGGCAGACUGACAGAGGACAAAUGAAUAAACAGGACGUGUACAAAUUGGAUAUCAAUGGACUUACCAUGAGUUGCUUCAGAUCUGCUCUCUCUGCUGGGUUUUUUAUUAAGCUGAAAGAAAAAGAUAAUGUGAGAGAGCUUGCCUGGUGCUGGUUUGCCCUCCAAUUACUUGCACUUACGUGCCUGCCCCCCCACCGCCCGCAGGUUCUGAGGAGUGCUUGAGCCUUCUCGACCUUCCUGUCCUGGCAGAGCGGCCCGCCCGCAGGUGAACAAAUGCCUGCGGAAUCAAACGAAGACCAAAAGGCACCAUGCCAAGCCCGGCAGAGAGGUGCCGAAAGCCGCAGCUUCACCCACUGCCGUAGUCCGACCAGUCCCCGAAGCCGUGGCACUCUGGGAGUGCAGGGAGAAGGGCAGAGCUCUGCUCCCCAAGACUGGGCGGGGAGGCUGACAAAAGCAGCGUACUCUUCCAGAGGGCAAGGAGCGGACUUACCACUUAUUCACAAAAUCUUGAAAUUCCAGACUGAAUACUCCACUGGGCAGUUUUGGAGGCGGCUGCAAAUACAUGUCAGGACCUAAGAAAGGCGUGCUUCCUUCUCCACCCGUAUUCCCCACAGACCUGCCCCCCUGCAGACCUCGGCGCGGCGCUGCCCUUACGCAGCCACGGGGAGGCAGGCCCGGGAGGCCAGGCGGAAGCUCUGGUCUCACGACGCACACUCAGAACUGGGGCCCAGUUAGCGUUAUGCCACUCACUGGCCUAGUGACGAAACAAACCACUGUUUCUCCGCGAACCUUAGUUUAUUGUUCUCCGAGCUGCGGAGGGCCUCGUGACAGUCCCAACUGUAAACCUCGGGGUGUGGCGUGGACACACCCCCACCAACUCCCAGCGGCCGCAGCUCGGGGCUGUGCGGACCCCCACGCGUGCACGUCACAGAAGCUACCUAAAUGGUAACAAAUGUCUAGCCCUUUUCCGAGCCCUGAAGAAGUGGAGCAAAGUUAGUAAUAAAACAUUGGCUGACAGAAAGGACUGAGUCUGGAAGGAAUGUUCCCUGCACCCUCCCUCAAGGAAUGCGGCUGUGCGCAGGCAUCGGCGUGAGGACACGGGCAACAGCUCUGUUUUCCCAGGGUCCGCGGUGGCGGUCGCGCGGGGUGAUACGGGACAGGGCCCUGGGGCGCCUGGCGCACACACUCCACCCUCGCAUGACCUGUGCUGGGUCUGAGUGCAGCUCCUCGUGAGCAGACUCCCAGGCCGUGCCCGGCCAGAUCAGCAGGCCAUCUGAGACCGGAAAUUAAGCCACCGACGUCACCUAAAAGGCCUGCCUCCCCCUCUCGCCCAGAAGGCCUUACCAGAACAGCAGGUCAGUGAGCCUGAUCUGAGUCAGGGACUAAAACCCAGCUCUCAGGGCACCCUGCAGACUGUCGCUGCUGCUGAGGGGGAAAAAGGGAACGCUCAAGGGAGAGAUGGACAGCUUGGCCUCCCAAGGCCAGGCCAGUCCUGAGCAGGAUGGGGGGCAAAGCAGGGGCCGUGAGGCGCCUGCACCUGCUGCCACACAGCCCAGCGGCCUGGAAGGCGUGGGUGGUAAAGGAAGAGCACUAGGUGGGAAGGACCUGAGCUUUUCUUCCUGGCGCCCGAAGCUUCCUCACCUGUACGAAGAGGAUAAUGAAGCCAGCUGGCCCCCCAGAGGCAAGCAGGGCACACCCGGGGACUGGCAGCGGCUUAUUUAGCCCAGGCCGUCUCCCCCCUUGAUGUGGCCCCCCCCAGCUCAGGUCCCAGCAGUAGAGGGUGGCCUUCUUGACCACCACAGACGCAAGGCACUCUGCCUCGUUGAACCCUUAAACAGCUGAGAUCACAUCUGACUUCUGUUCCGUGUCCCAUGGUGCUUAGCAUAAAGCUGGACAGCAAGGAGAGGUCAAUUAACCUCCCUGGCCAGUGAUGUAUUAACUGCUGGGGUGAAGCAGGAUUUUCCCUGUUGAGUUUGUAAGGGACAAGGGGACCCUUUUGAGGUCUGGUUUUAGAGCACAGUAGAAAGUAUGAAAAGUCCUUCCUCUUGUCUCUUGAAGAAGAGCACAGGGCUAUGCUUUUACUGUGUACCCCAGCGGCCUCCCCAACCUCACGGAGCUGGUUCUCACGCACUACCCGGGCUGCCCGAGCCGGGCGUGCUGGCCCUGCCACCUAACAUCCCGUCCCGAAGCCCUGCUCCCCUAGCCCUGUCCCACCCUCUGCACCACCGCUUCCCGCCCCCUCUAACCCAGGUUGGAAGACUGCUGGUCGGUCUCUUGUGUCCUCGAUCUUCUUUUAAUUUAAACACAGAUAAUGUGUGUUCUCUGCAUUAAAGUCAGCCAGCAGCAAUAAGCCAAAAGAAACUUCCAUCACCCCGAGAGAAUCAGUUUCAUACUACUUUCCAGACUUCAUAUGCACAUACAUGCACAGAAUUUUUUUCAUAUUUUUAAAGAACUGAUCACCAUAUACGUAGUGCUUUGUAGUGUUUUUCACACAAUCUGUAGUGAAUAUUUUCCAUACUAUUUCUACACUGUCAUUUUUUUUUACAUCUACUGGUUUUUAAUGGCACUUACCAGAGAAGACCCUAUCCUACGGGUAUGUAUGUAUUUGUCUUGCCUCCCACAUGAAGCUAACAGUCUUCACGACUAGGGACUUCUGUUUUUCCAUCUGUGGACCGCACCUCAUCCCUACCAUCACCCUGCAGUGUGCAUGCAGCCCACAGUAAGCGCCCAAGAAAUGCCUGGUGAAUGAAGCAGUAAGAAUGGAAUGAGCACACUCGAGGCUCCUGACUCUGAGAAAGGGAGAGAAACUCAGAGCUACUCAAAGAUGUUCCCUGGGGAAGGGACACCUAUAACCUCUAAACCAGCCACUCCAUUCCAAGAGCAUGAUGCCUUACAAGAAUCCCCUUGGGGCCCAAAAAGCCUCACUGUGCAAACAACUCACAGGUAUCCCAAUCAAAUACACUGUUCUCUUAAUAGAAGCAAAUACCAAAGUCAAAGAAGCCAUGCAGUACUUACCUCGUUGACUAUGUAAUCCAACAACUCAAAAAUUGCCAUGGGAGGUCGGCUGUCCAUUCCAUAAGCUACAGAUUUUAUAACAAAAAAGAAAACACUUCUCAGAAAAACUGGAAGUUAUUUGCCACUGUGAGGCUAGGGACUGGGAGUAAGGGUCCUGGGGACCAGAACAGGGUUGUGGAUGAUAAGCAGAGACACAGAGCCACAGAUAAGGCUGAACACACAGGGGAGCAGCAAAGGCCACAGAGCUGGCCAGCCAGGGUAGGAGUCUGGGCUCUACCACCUCCAAGGUUUGCGACCUCAGGCAAAUCCACUGACUGCUAAGCUUAGUAGUGAAUUUGCUGCAGUGGAGAUGGAUAAUCAUCAUGUCUGCCCUUCUUCCCUUCCUCACAUUGAGAUAGGAGUAAAUGAGGUAAUAACUAAGAAACUCAAGGACUCAGUUUUAAUUCUCCCUGAACUUGGGUUUCUUCUUUUAUCCUCCAGAGUCCCAGGCCAGCUUCAGGGGCCACAGCCAUAGCCCCUCCAGUGACCCACCACCAUCAGCUAUCCCUGCCCUCCUCUGUUUCUCCCUUCAUAUAUGCCCUCUCUCAUGAGAGCCUCCCAGGGGCAGACACCAGGUCCUCAUGUUCACAAAUGUCCCAGCAGGAAGUACAUCAGAAGACGGUGGCUGGGCCAGGAUCUUCCAAGUACCAGGUUUACUUCUCAGUAUGCAUGAUCCGAAAGGCAGGCCGUGCUGCACAGCGCUCAGCACCUAGGACUCAGACUUGGCCACUUAGUGUGCAGUCUUGACAAGUCAGGCACUUUGUGCCUCAGUUUCCUCAUAUUAACAUAGAGAUUAUUAUAAUAGUGCUCACACACGAUCGCUAUUAAAAUUAGGUAAUACUCAGCAAAUCCAUGGAGACACAAAGUAGAUUAGCGGUUGCCAGGGGCUGGGGGUGGGAGGAGAUGGGAGUGAUUGCUCAUGGAGGUGAGGUUUCUUUUAGGGUGAUGGACAUGUUCUGGAAGUACACGGUGGUG